AUGGCAUCCUUAGAUGGAGAUGAUGGCCCAAUACAGCUUUCGGCUGGGGCGUUGGACGCGCUGAAAGAAUUUUAUGGCGAGCGCGACGCACGGCAGAAGCAAUUCGAGGACUUGAAGACGCAGGCUGAAGAUGACUUCGAAGGAAAAUUGAGCAUGGAUGCCUUCACUGAAGACUGGAAUGCUAGCCAGUUCUGGUAUAGCGACGAGACAGCGACCACACUCGCCCGGCACCUCCUUGACGGCGCCACCAAUGAAUCGAGGAUAGCAGUCGUAUCAGCACCUAGUACAUUCAUACAGCUAAAGAAUAUACUUGCGUCUGGAGAAUGCACCACGAAACCCCACCUGACCCUCCUCGAAUAUGACACCCGCUUCAACGUCUUCAAAGAGUUCGUCCCCUACGACUUCGAGCAGCCACUCAAGCUCCCCGUAGAGCUCAAAGCCAGCUUCGACCGCAUCAUCGUAGAUCCGCCUUUCUUGAGCCAGGAUUGUCAGACGAAAGCUGCCCUGACUGUGCGCUGGCUAGCAAGGUCUUGGGACGAGGGGUCGCUGCGAUUGAUCGCCUGCACGGGCGAGCGCAUGGAGGCUUUGAUUCAGAAAUUGUACUCCAAAGUCGGCACGCGCACCACGACGUUUGAGGUCAAGCAUUCGAAGGGGCUGAGCAAUGAGUUCAGGUGCUAUGCAAACUUCGAAUGCACGGACUGGAAGUGGGUGGAGCAGAGUUAG